AAGUAAAGGGCUUUAUUGGCAUGGGAAACAUUUUUACAUUGCCAAAACAAGGGUAAUAGAUAAUAAACACAAGUGAAAUAAACAAUCAGAACUCAAUAGUAAGCAUUACACUCAUAAAGUUUAAAAAUAAUAGAGACACUAUCUCUCACUCAGACACACACACACACACACGUAAACUCUUUUCUCUUUCCAAAUCCACUCGUGAAGCCGACUGACAGGCUAGAAUGAAAAUGAGGCGGACACUUGGUCAAGACUUCAGAGCAAACGCAUCGUUUUAAGGACACCUCCAAAACUCGGAUCAUAUCACCAUGGGAGCUAUUUGUAGCGCAAGGGACUUUUGUUUGUUUUUGCUCUUGUUAAAUACUCGCCAAAUCGCCGCUCUUCUAGAGAAUCCAGAUGCAUGCGCAGAAGGAAGUGAUGGAUGUCACAUUGAUGCUAUUUGUCAAAAUACCCAAGCCUCUUACAAGUGCUCGUGUAAAGUAGGCUUUAAAGGCGACGGUAAACAUUGUGAAGACAUCGAUGAUUGCGAUAUCGAGUACAAUGGUGGCUGUGUACACGAAUGUAACAACAUACCAGGCAAUUAUCGUUGCACUUGCCAUGAUGGAUUCAAUUUAGCGCACGAUGGACAUAAUUGUCUUGAUGUGGACGAGUGUGUCUUCAACAAUGGAGGGUGCCAGUAUACAUGUGUCAACACCAUGGGGAGUUAUGAGUGCAGCUGCAAAGAGGGCUUCUUCCUCAGUGACAACCAGCACACAUGUAUCCACCGCUCUGUGGAGGGCCUUAGCUGUAUGAAUAAAGAGCAUGGCUGUGCUCACAUCUGCAAGGAGACACCCAAGGGAGGAGUGGCCUGCGAAUGCCGCCCAGGAUUCGAGCUGGCCAAGAACCAAAGAGGCUGCAUCUUGACCUGCAACCAUGGUAACGGGGGCUGCCAGCACACCUGCGAGGACAUGGAGCAGGGGCCCAUCUGCAGGUGUCAUGUGAGGUACACCCUGCACCCUGACGGCAGGUCCUGUGUAGAGCGGGACGAGACAACUACUGAGAGCUCUGAUCACAACGCCACGUCCUUCACUGAGGUGGACAAACGUGUCAAGCGCAGACUGCUCAUGGAGAACUGUGCGGUAAAUAACGGGGGGUGUGACUCCACGUGUAAGGACACAUCCACGGGGGUACGCUGCAGCUGCCCCGUGGGCUUCACUCUGCAGCCCGACGGGAAGACGUGCAAAGACAUUAAUGAGUGUGAGCUGCACAACGGCGGUUGCGACCACUUCUGCAGGAACACCAUCGGCAGCUUUGAGUGUAACUGCUGGAAGGGCUUCAAACUGCUUACUGACGAGCGCUCCUGUCAGGAUAUAGACGAGUGUUAUUUCGAAAGGACAUGUGGUCACACGUGUGUGAACUCCCCUGGUGGUUUUGCGUGUGUUUGCAACAAAGGGUACACCCUGUAUGGACUGGCCCACUGUGGAGACAUAAAUGAGUGCAGUGUGAACAAUGGAGGUUGUGAGCAGGGUUGUGAGAACACCAUGGGUGGGUUUGAGUGCCAGUGCCACCCUGGUUAUAAGCUACACUGGAACAAAAAGGAUUGUAUCGAGGCAGAGGGUUUCCCAGCAACAAAGCCCCCCUCUAAACCGACCUUAAACUGCAGCAGGCAGGAGGGAGGUGACCGCUGCUACCUGACCUGCCAGUCCCAGGUCCACAUCACCAGUGGGACGGAGGAUUCUUAUACAGUGACCUGUGGAAUGCCUCUGCCCUGCUUGGCUGGAGCACAAAGGAAUGGAAGUGGCUCGUAUUGCUUGGGACCAGAAAUGUCAAGUGUCCUGCGAAUUAAGACCACAGCCACUUUUAAGUCUGGCACUGGAAAGUGCAACUUGAAACGUAGUCAAGAGAGGCUGAAGGAGAGCCUGAACGCAGCUCACUCAGACAGCAGGUCCCCCUUCACGGAGAACGUCCAGUUCAGCUAUGUGCGCUUGCGCUGCAGCUCGUCUGGCCCCCGGAUGCGGAGCCGCCACGGCAGGAAGGCGGGUUACGAGGAGGAGGGCUCUUCCAUCACGGCUGAGUUUGAGUUGGAUGUGAACCUAGAGGAGGUAACAGCAGAGAGCUGUGACCUGGGCUGUGUGCGCCGGCGCUCAGAGAAGAGGCUGAGGAAGACUCUCCGUACCCUGAGGAAGUCCAUCCACCGGGAGCAGUUCCACCUCCACUUCGCUGGCUCUAACUACGAGCUGGCCAAGAGGCUGGCGUGGCCGGUGGACCUGCCGGAACACUGUGGGAAAGGGCAGGUACUGGUGGACAGGAAGUGUGUGAGCUGCACUGUUGGAACGUACUAUGACAGGGAUCAGGGAAGGUGUGUUCUGUGUCCAGCUGGAAUGUACCAAGAUGAAGAGGGGAAGAAUUCUUGCGAGGUCUGCCCAGGGCCAGAGGUGAGAGGAAGCCCCAGGUCGGUUGGGGCGCGGAAUAUCUCUGAGUGUGGAGGUCAAUGUCCCCCUGGUCAGUUCUCCCAUGAUGGCUUCAUCCCUUGCCUGCCCUGUCCCCUGGGUACCUACCAGCCAGAGGUGGGCCGCACUUCCUGUUUCCACUGUGGAGGAAACCUGGUCACCAAACACAAUGGUGCCGUGUCCUUCCAGGAGUGUGAGACCAAAGUCCAGUGUUCACCAGGACAUUACUACAACACCAGCACACACCGCUGUAUCCGUUGUCCCAUGGGGACGUAUCAGAUGGAGUUUGGUCAGAAUUACUGCAUCUCCUGCCCAGGAAAUACCACCACCGACUUUGACGGCUCCACCAACAUCAUGCAGUGCAAAAACAGACACUGUGGUGGAGAGAUGGGAGAUUUCACUGGCUACAUCGAGUCUCCCAACUACCCAGGGAACUACCCAGCCAACAUUGAGUGCACCUGGACCAUCAACCCACCGCCCAAGCGUAGAAUCCUCAUCGUGGUCCCAGAGAUCUUCCUCCCCAUCGAGGAUGAGUGUGGAGACUACCUGGUCAUGAGAAAGAGCUCUCUCUCCAACUCUGUGACGACCUAUGAGACCUGCCAGACCUAUGAACGGCCUAUUGCCUUCACCUCCCGCUCCAAGAGGCUGUGGAUACAGUUUAAAUCGAAUGAAGGGAACAGUGGGAAGGGCUUCCAAGUCCCUUAUGUGACCUAUGAUGAGGACUACCAGGAACUCAUUGAAGAUAUAGUCAGAGAUGGAAGAUUAUAUGCCUCUGAAAAUCACCAAGAAAUUCUCAAGGACAAGAAGCUUAUGAAGGCACUGUUUGAUGUAUUGGCCCACCCACAGAACUUCUUCAACUACACAGCACAGGAGUCAAGAGAAAUGUUCCCCAAAUCCUUCAUCCGAUUUCUACGUUCUAAAGUCUUGAGAUUCCUUCGCCCUUAAGAAGGCACUAUCAUCAAGUUGCUUUGUGGAUAUCUCGGAUACUCCAGAGAAAAGAGUCCUUUACUUCUCCUGUCUGUACAGAGACUGACUGAGUCUAGAGUUGACUAAGAGAGAUGGCCUCAGACACUUUCCUCAAAUGGACUUCAAUUGGACCUUCUGGGAAUAGGUGGGUAGUGGACUGUCAUGGUGCAGACAAGUGUCAGCUCCCGCUAUCACAUCUGGUCUACAUUCUAGAGCUACGUGUUUUGUACUUCGUUACCACAUCUAUCUCUGAUACUUCCAUACACUCCUGUAUGUGAGCAUUGCAACGUUUAGACAGACGUUGUCUUUUCCUUUUGAUUUUAAACUUUCAGUCUCAGGAAUAAAGCUUGAAGUAGUAAGCUGAUUUGAUUGUUAGCAUUUAAAUUCAUGAAAGCUUCGAUUUGCAUACGGGUGUAACAACAACAUCUUGAAAAUAAUUAUGGUAAAUGGAACUUUCACCAAUAGCAUAGAAAGCGGAUGAGAAAAGACUCUUGAUUAUGUAUAACAAGUUAACUGAGGUUUAUGCUAAAUGUCAACCACAUAGAUAGUGUAUACUUAUAACAUACAUUAUUAAAGUCAUGUUUCACAUUUAGAUUAGAAUUGUUGACAGAAAUAUGCCUGAAUAUGAGAAAGGAAUAUAGCACAAAUGUGACCUGAUGGUGGGAACUUUAAAGCAUUGUGAUACCACAAAAUAAAUUAUCCUUAUGAAUGUAUUGUAUAUUGUGUAAAAAGUAUUAGAUGAAAAUGUUAACGUAUUGUAGUUAACUGCAUUCCUGACACGUGUGCAGUAUCGACACAUCCCUUCACAACCUGUAUUUCUGCUGUCCUGAAAACAUAGUUGUACUUUAAAAAUGACUGGACAAUGAAUACUCCAUGCCACUGGGCUUUGAGUGAACAACAGAUGCCCAUGGAUCAAGACUAGCUCUUCACUAUGAUCAUUCAAACAGCUACCAAAGACUACUUUUCACUACUCAUAGAAGUGAGAUUAUUGAGUGGUGUGACUAGAAAUCUAGAGCAAUAUGAGGGGGAUCAGGUGAGAUUAUACAUUCCAGAUAUGGUAGAAUUGCUCUAUUCACUUAUGACUUAGCAGAUAAAUGUAUGUCUAUAUUUUUAUGUUUGUACAUAUAAUAUGUUGUAAAUAAAGUGAA